CCGUCCCGCAGGUGUCCGCCGCCGCGACGUCCCAGCCAUGUCCCGCGCGUAGGCUCUCCCUCGUGCUCUGGCCUCCCUCCUCGAUCCUUCGCCUGCCGCAGCCAUGGACUCUGACGCGGAGAACCUGGAGAAGCAGUUCAGCAGCAGGCUCUUACUCCGCCAUGCUAGUCAAAACUCGCUGGAUGAAAGUUCUCAGAAACACAUCCCUCGCUCGGAGACUAAACACAAGCUACCCUACAGAAAUCCUCAACAUUUCCCGAGAGCUUUCGAUAAUCUGAAUCUGAUGAGAAGGCAGAGUCAGCUAUGUGACGUCGUCCUGGUAGCUGACAGUGUAGAGGUACCAGCCCAUAAAAUGGUGCUUGCAUCAUGCAGUCCGUACUUUCACGCCAUGUUUACCAGCUUCGAAGAGAGCCGGCAAGAUAGAAUAGUAUUACAAGAUAUAGAUGGCAGCGCACUCCAGCUCCUUAUUGAUUAUGUUUAUACAGCUGAAGUCCUUGUUACCGAGGAAAAUGUGCAGGUACUUCUCCCAGCAGCCAAUUUGUUGCAGCUAACAGACGUCAGAGAUGCUUGCUGUGACUUCCUUCAGUCUCAGCUUCACCCUACAAAUUGCCUUGGCAUUCGUGCAUUUGCUGAUCUGCAUGGGUGUUUAGAGCUGCUUUCCAUUGCAGAGAGCUAUGUAGAACAGCAUUUUUGUGAAGUUGUUGAGUGUGAAGAGUUCCUGUCUUUAACUUCACAACAAGUCAUAAAGUUAAUAUCCAGUGAUAGACUCACAACUCCCUCAGAGGAAAAGGUUUUUGAGUGUGUCAUGAGUUGGGUGGGCGGAGACUUACCCAAUAGAGAGCAGUAUUUGGCAGAGCUGAUGGAAUAUGUAAGAUUACCUCUUCUGUCACAAGACUAUCUCAUCCAGCGUGUGGAGGAGGAGCCAUUGCUCAAGCAAGAUACUCAGUGUAAAGAUUACUUAAUAGAAGCCAUGAAAUACCAUCUACUUAAAGGAGAACAGAAGGCCCUGUUCAAGUCACCUAGAACAAAACCCAGACAACCAGUUGGACUUCCAAAAGUUCUGCUUGUAGUAGGUGGCCAGGCACCAAAGGCAAUACGCAGUGUGGAGUGUUAUGAUUUUAAAGAUGAACGAUGGUUUCCUGUAGCAGAGAUGCCCACCAGAAGAUGCAGAUGUGGAAUAGCUGUUAUCAAUGGCAAAGUGUAUGCUGUUGGGGGAUUCAAUGGUGCUCUCCGAGUACGGACUGUUGAUGUGUAUGACCCAACGCGGGAUUCUUGGUCAUCCUGUGCCAGCAUGGAAGCACGUAGAUCUACCUUGGGAGUUGCCACACUUAAUGGAUGCAUAUAUGCUGUUGGUGGUUUUGAUGGUUCGACUGGAUUAAAUAGUGCAGAAAUGUAUGAUUCAAAAACUUAUGAGUGGAGAAUGAUCGCCCCAAUGUCAACACGUCGCUCAUCUGUUGGUGUUGGUGUUGUCAGCGGUUUUCUUUAUGCUGUUGGUGGGUAUGAUGGAGCAUCGCGACAAUGCCUGGCGUCAGUAGAGUGUUACUGUCCCGAGUCUGAUGUCUGGACUUCAGUAGCUGAAAUGUCAGCUCGCAGAAGUGGAGCUGGUGUUGGAGUUCUUGAUGGGCUUCUGUAUGCUGUGGGUGGACAUGAUGGUCCAUUGGUCAGAAAAAGUGUGGAGGUGUACAAUCCCGACACCAAUUGUUGGAGUCCAGUUGCCGACAUGAAUCUCUGCCGAAGGAAUGCUGGAGUAAUUGCUUUGAAUGGCCUGCUGUAUGUAGUAGGUGGGGAUGAUGGAACGUCUAACCUGGCAUCUGUAGAAGUUUAUAACCCAAAGACUGAUGCGUGGACCCUCUUGCCAGCCCAUAUGGGUAUUGGAAGAUCCUACGCCGGUGUAGCAAUUAUAGACAAACCUGGUUUCUGAGACGAGGCUGAGGGUGCGGAGGAGUGACUGCUCUAGUUGAAGGAAACAUUACGUGAACUCUGCUGAAGUGCCAUAAGUGCUCCAAGCCACGAUGUUAUGAUUGCGUGUGAUUUUACGUGUGUUGGUGCAUAUAUAUGAGGGUGUGUAUAUAAUGAUAUUGCUUGGUCCUUUAUUUUGGAAUAUUUUAAGCUGAGUAGCUCCAUUAGGAUCUAAGAGUGUUUUAGUAAACUGUAAAGUAUAAGAAUGUUAUGGCAUAAAGGAACUAAAGAUGAUGAUGAUGAUGAUGGUAUAUGAAUUUGAUUGAUGUGAAAAUCAAAUUCACUUGCCAACUUAAAGAAAUCUAAAGCCCAAGCAUCAUUCCAGUUGAAGAUAUGUUGUUCUUUAUUUUUUACAGCUUUACUGAAUUGCAGUUCUUUAUAUUAUAGGAGUUAUUUUGUGAUAAACAGUGCCUUUUUUAACAAGGGUUUUUAUUUUUUGCUUUUUUAAGCUUAUCUUCAGGAUUUAAGACAGUUGAAACAUAUCUACAUGUCUUGAAGUAAAACCACAGAGACUUUAAAUUAAUAGCUAUAUAUGAAUUGACAGUUUUCCUGCAUUAAGAUAAGUUCACUUUGCAUCAUGGCUUGGAGGCACUGAUGGGACUUUACAGAGCAGUAGCAGUCACCCCCGCACCUGUGGAAAAAAAUUUGGUGCAAUAAUGUAAAAGAUGUGGAGGCACAUUGGAGUGAUAACAGAAAUCUUCCAAAAGACAAUUGAAAACUGAAAAAGAAAAACUAAUAGACAAGGCAACUUGGUUCUGAAUUAUGUGUGUCAGUGAGAAGAAAGAAAGAAGAAAAAAGAAUUUAGAAAAUAAAAAGUGAAAAUGUCAGACAUAUUGAACCUGGAAAUGUUUGAAUGUAUAGUGGUUUAUGAAAAAAAUAUAUAUUUGUGGAAAAUAAAAGAUUGACCAUAGGAAAUAGACAGACAUGGGUUACUAUAAAGUGGAAAUAAGCCAUCAGAUUGCAGGUAAUAUUCUCUCUGAUACUAAGGUGAGAAUAGCAAUAAGAGGCAGGCAAGAGAACAAAAAAUGUCCCAGAUUUCCUUUUUUAAUGAACCUAGCAGUAUUUGGAAACCCUUUUUAUAACAGGUAAUACAUGUCUGUAUUAGGAAAUUGGUUUGUUCUAUUUUCAUUUUCUUAUAUAUCAAAAUUUACAGCAACAUGAGUUACAUGCUCUAUAAUUUCUACACUCUGUACUUUAUAUAGACAAAAGGUGUAAAGAAAGAUUGGGCAUUAAGAGGUUCCUUUUAAAAAUGUUGAAUAUAAAUUAAAGCAAAACAGUUUGCAUACAAGUUAUGCAGACUAGAUUAAUCUGCAUAUUGGCAGUGUUCAUUAAUACCCUUUUAUGAGUAUAAUAAUGCGUGGAAGCAUUGUUUUUAAAAAUUCGUAUCAUCAACUAUAUAGUCUUGUUACUGUAAUUUUUAUAUACUGAGGAGCAUGAGAAGAUUUCUCUUGGAAAACAUUGUAAAUGUUUCUUCCUUCCUGUUCUUCCUCAUCAUUUCUGUUGAUAUGAAUGUAGAUAGUCUUCCUACAUUUAUUUCCUUAUUUACUCUUCAUUGUGUUUUUCACUAUUUUCUUCUAUUUUUUAAUAGCAAUUUUGUCCCAGGCAUCAUCUCCCAUUAGUUUAAUUUUAACAUUUUGAUUCUUAUGUGCCUUUACUACCUUUUUCCUCUCAUGUUUAUACUUAAAAUUCUUCAGAAUAAGCACAAACCUGUCUUCAAUUCUUAAAUAUUACAAAGUAAGAGAAUGUCUAAGCCUUGGAUGUGUGUGUUUGUGUGUGUAUAAGUUUUGGCAUAAAAAUGCCUGGCAUAAAUGAUCAACUAUUUCUUAGUAGGAAAAGUUGUUACCAGAGGAGAGCAUGCAAUCAUGCAUUGCAUUCUCUUGGUAAUGCAAACUCAAUUUAAUGUUUGUGUAUACAUAACUUGUAACUUGUUGUGUAUUGAUAAGCUUUUGAAGGCUUUUACUGGUGAUGUAAAUCCAGGGUUAUGCUGUAAUAGAUAUUUACUGUAUUUCAUAUGUGUUUUAUACAGUCUCUAAGAACAACAUGUUGUUGAGAAUGUUGAUUUAUAUUGCUGAGGUUUUUAUUCUGCAAAGUUCAGCUAAUCAUAUAUGCGUUGAGUUUUCUCAGAAUCUAAUUUGACAUAUAUUAUUGGUAACUGAGGUUGCCAAUUCAGCAAGAAUUUUAUAGUUUGUAUAUUUGUUAUAGCAGUGAGGCUAUGAUUGUUAUCAGCAAUAACAUUAAUUGUGACAAGAUCUACUUUCAAAAAUGUUUAUGCUGACUUUCAAACAUGUUAUUAAGGACAGAUUUUGAACAUUAGUCAUGUUAUGAAUCUUUGACUGAUGUUUUGGAGAUUUCUGUUUGUGUACAAAGUGUACAAUGAAAUCAGUUCUUUGCUGUACAAAUAUACAAAUCUAUCUUAUAUGUUAAAUAUUGAAUGGUGAAAAUUUGACUUUCUCAUUGUUACAAUACAAAAUUGAAUUUUAUUAUUAUUGAGAAUUUUGUCCAGUAGAAGUACAUAUUGAUUUAAUGAAUGGUGUGUCUUUUAUAUAUUUUAUUUUCAUUUUACAAAUUUUCCAAAUGUACAAAUUAUAGAACUAAAUCACAUACAACUUCAGUAGAACUUAACUUUUUAUAUUCAAAUGCUGCAAUGUAAUUUGCUUUACAGGUCAGGACGGGAUAGAUGUAUUCAUUUUGUUCACUGCGCUAGUGGCUAGUGAUUAGUGGGUACUCUCUCGGUGAAGUAGACAGUUUCCGUUUAUUUUCUCUCAACAAAAUAGCUCUUGCAUUGAGAUUUAGUAGCAUUUAGGACUGAGUAAAACAGGAUUGGUUUGAUAGUUGGGGGUUUGAAAUAACUUUAUUUUAGGUUCGCUGUUUUACUUCUCUUUUCAUCCCCCCCCCCACCCUUCCCUUAUUUCUUCUUUAUCUUUCCCCUUCC